AUGGGGGAUGCGCUGAAGGGCUUUUGGAUUGUGCAAAAGGAUGAGACCUCUUGCCAUGCUCCUGAACUAUCUCUGCUCACAGAAAUGGAUACAUUACAGGACACGCCAUAUGACGAUGACAAGGGCACGAAGUAUUCUAGCCCAGGUGUACAGGCUGGUGCAUAUGUCACUGUUGAACACGUUUACGAAAUACAGUUCCUGAAAAACUUCAUGGUCCAUCUUCUGGAAAGCGGCGCGAUUGACUGCGACGACCUGAAGACAGCCCUCUUCAAAGAGGUCGAAGGCAGCAAUAUUGGGACAGAGCUAUGGGGCAAACUGCCAAGCGACAAAAACCUGAAUUUCGAAGUUUUGGAUAGCAAGGUUAAUGAUGCUAAAGGCGACAUGUUUGACAUGAACAAAAACGGAGGGAUCAAGAACCCGAAACAGCUUGACAUGAAAGUACAGCAAUUAAACAUGUUGGGCAUGGCUUUCGACUUCCUGCAAGACUCUGAUGUGCAAGAGAAGUUUAGAGACUCUAACUCAGGCAUCUACGAGUACUUGCGGUAUAUGGACCGAUGUGAUCAACAACUACCUUCACCGCAAGGAGGAUGGGCGUCGGCGUACUCAAGCUGGUUCCCCGAGUAUCUUACAUCGAAGGCCUCGGUUGCGUCCAACUCAAUGAGCGCCAGAUAUGCCCAGGCGACUAAAAUGGUGGAGAAAUACAACGACAAAGACAAAGCUGCGAAAUUGUCGCAGGGUCUGAAGAUGUUCUCUAUGCGCUACCCAUCGCAAUCGUGGAGUAUGGACAUUGAUGCGAUGGUGUCCUGGCCUGCCUAUAACGUUGAGAAGCGCGGUUCAGCUUGUUCUCUUGACCCGAACCCUCAAGGCAGCAGCAGUAGCAGAGCUACUGCCACACCUUCUUCUCGCAACACACUCUCACCUCAACCCUCGCCCGGCAGCACACCUCUCUCGUCGCGACCUACCUCAACCCAGGUAGUCGUGUCGCAGGUAACUGUUAAUCCAACAUCUUACACAUCUACAGUUGUUGUCACUCCUUCCCCAACACCCUGGGUUGAAGAUAUUCCAUCCGUGUUCAUCAAUUCCAUUCCGCCGAAAGUGAGCUCGGAACUCGCAGAUGGCGACCCUGUGUAUGGGAGCGAGAGUGGUAUUGAUGGUAUGCUUACUUUAGCGGAUGGCACUCUUGAAUUUUCCUCAUCUACUGAGGUGCCGAUGAUCAAUCCUGCGUUUGACGGUGGCGCUUGA